UAUAAAAAUUGAUGUCUGAUAGAGCGAAUCAGAAGUUAGAUAUAUUUUUUAUCAAUUUUGCAGCUUUUACAUUUCCCUCUGCUCUAAAUUUUAUUUGUGCUGAAUAAUGUAAGAUAAAGAAUGCACACGUCGUAUGGUAAAAAAAUAACAGACUUUAUUGUAGGAACGAAGAGUGGUUACAAGAAAAAUAACAGAGCUGUAUCGAAAAAAAAGAAGUAAAAAGCAAAUAUUUCUUAAUGG